CUACAAAUGUUGGUGUGUGAGAGGCCCAACAACAUUUAUUGGUGAGUGCGAAUCGAGAUUGUGAUGAUAUAUAAACACACCCGCGUUUCACUCACACUCUCAUCCCUGUCUUGCAACUCAAAUCUUGAUCUUCUCCAGAAAUAGUUGUUGACGGUGAGAAGCGUAAGCUUUACAGAUGGAUUCAGCAUCAGAAUUAUAUAACCACCUCAAGUCGGUGGAGCCGUUUUUCGUAUUAGCGGGUCCUAAUGUGAUUGAGUCGGAGGAGCAUAUAUUUCGUAUGGCCGAGCACAUCAAGGCUAUCACUUCAAAGCUUGGGCUGCCACUGAUCUUUAAAUCCAGUUUUGACAAAGCUAAUAGAACAUCAUCUAAGUCUUUUCGUGGUCCUGGCUUAGCCGAAGGCUUGAAGAUUUUGGAAAAGGUGAAACUAGCAUAUGACCUCCCUAUAGUGACUGAUGUACAUGAAGCUAGCCAGUGUGAUGCAGUUGGCCAAGUUGCCGAUAUUAUUCAGAUUCCAGCAUUCCUUUGCAGACAGACAGAUCUCUUAGUUGCAGCUGCGCAAACCGGAAAGAUUAUCAACAUUAAGAAAGGCCAAUUUUGUGCACCUUCUGUUAUGACAAAUUCUGCUGAAAAAGUUAGGCUGGCUGGAAAUCAAAAUGUCAUGGUUUGUGAGCGAGGAACUAUGUUUGGCUAUAGUGAUCUGAUUGUUGAUCCACGGAACUUGGAAUGGAUGCGGGAAGCUAAUUGUCCAAUCGUAGCUGAUAUUACACAUUCAUUACAACAACCUGCUGGGAAAAAGCUAGAAGGUGGGGGUGUUGCAAGCGGGGGGCUUCGUGAGCUAAUACCUUGCAUAGCGAGGACAGCAGUUGCUGUUGGAGUGGAUGGAAUUUUUAUGGAGGUUCAUGAUGAUCCCCUAAGUGCUCCCGUAGAUGGUCCUACACAGUGGCCUCUGCGGCAUUUGGAGGAAUUGCUAGAGGAGCUUGUGGCAAUUGCAAGGGUUACGAAAGGAAAACAACAGUUCAAGAUUGAUCUCACUCCGUUCCGUGAUUAGGCUCCGGACCUGAGACAUUUCUCUCUGGUAAUUGGUCCAUGUCAGGUGAUGAUUUGUCUACAUAGAAGUUCUGUGGACUUGAAGUAGCACCUUUUGAGACACGCUAUCAUCAGAAAUUGGAAUUUACGUAUCUUUCUUCUAAAUUUUUCACUCCAGUUUUUAUGUUCAGUGUAAUCUAGUUAUGAAAUACCGAAUCAAAUUAAUAGGGAAUGUGUGGUAUGAUUUCUGUAAUGCCGACCGAAUUGUGUUGACAUAAUUGGGUUCAAAAUUUCAAAUAAAUUAAUAUUCCCGCAUUAUCCUUUUCUA